CUUGGGUACCAGGGCGCGGUGCGGGCGGAAGUGGUGACGCUGGCGUCCCCGGAACCUGCGGCGGGCGGCUGUGACGGCCCCGGCGCUGACGGCGGCGGCCCGCGGGGCGGCGUGGACGCCCGCGGCGCCGGCUGGGGCAUCACCGCGGGCCUCGACCCCGAAAUGGCGCUGCUAGCCGAACACCUGCUGAAACCGCUGCCCGCGGACAAGCAGAUCGAGACCGGGCCCUUCCUCGAGGCGGUGUCCCACCUGCCGCCCUUCUUCGAUUGCCUUGGGUCCCCAGUGUUUACUCCCAUCAAGGCAGACAUAAGCGGCAACAUCACGAAAAUCAAAGCCGUGUAUGACACCAACCCAGCCAAGUUCCGGACCCUGCAGAACAUCCUGGAGGUGGAGAAAGAAAUGUAUGGAGCAGAGUGGCCCAAAGUAGGGGCCACACUGGCGCUGAUGUGGCUGAAAAGAGGCCUCCGCUUCAUCCAGGUCUUCCUCCAGAGCAUCUGUGACGGGGAGCGGGACGAGAACCACCCCAACCUCAUCCGCGUCAACGCCACCAAGGCCUAUGAGAUGGCCCUCAAGAAGUACCACGGCUGGAUCGUGCAGAAGAUCUUCCAGGCAGCACUGUACGCAGCCCCCUAUAAGUCCGACUUCCUGAAAGCACUCUCCAAGGGGCAGAAUGUGACAGAGGAGGAGUGCCUGGAGAAGAUCCGCCUCUUCCUAGUCAACUACACAGCCACCAUCGAUGUCAUCUAUGAGAUGUACACCCAGAUGAACGCCGAGCUUAACUAUAAGGUGUAGGCGUGCCCACCGCUGGACACGCCCCCGACUCAUGGCCACACAGAGAAACAGGCAAACCAGAAUCACUGUGAAUCAAGUCUGUGAGCUGCCCCUGGCCUGCGUCCCCCAGAGCGGCCCAGGGUCCUGCCAGAGUCUGCAGGGGACAGCCCUCGUUUUUUAAGUCUUUUUUUUUUUUUUUGGUCUAUUCUAAAGGACCAAUAAAUAAUGAUCUUACUUCCAAAUCUCCUUGGAAUUUCACGACAGCACAGACUGACUUUAUAGCUUCAUUUCAGCGUGGUAAAAAUCGAUUAACACUUCUAAUAAGUCAAGUCCUAGGGUUUUUUGGUUUUGUUUUGUCGCCAACGAGGAACACGGCUCUGGGGGAAUGGUGUCAUCCACCUCACUUUAAAAAUAAGCACAUGAUGGCCGGGCACCAUGGCUCACGCCUGUAAUCCCAGCACUUUGGAGGAGGCCGAGGUGGGCGGAUCACCUGAGGUCAGGAGUUUGAGACCAGCCUGGCCAACAUGGUGAAACCCCAUCUCUACUAAAAAUAUAAAAAAUUAGGCGUGGUGGCACACGCCUGUAGUUCCAGCUACUCAGGAGGCUGAGGCAGGAGAACUGCUUGAACCCAAGAGGUGGAGGUUGCAGUGAGCUGAGAUCACACCACUGCACUCCAGCCUGGGCAACAAGAGCAAAACUCCGUCUCAAAAAAAAAGAGGUGGGUGGAUCACUUGAGGUCAGAGUUUGAGACCAGCCUGACCAACAUGGUGAAAUCCUGUCUCUACUAAAAAUACCCAGGCAUGGUAGCACAUGCCUGUAAUCCCAUCUUCUUGGGAGGUGGAGGCAGGAGAAUCGCUAGAACCCGGGAGGUGGAGGUUACAGUAGCCGAGAUCGCGCCACUGCAUUCCAGCCUGGGCAACAAGAGCGAAACUCAGUCUCAAAAAAAAAAAAAAAAAGCACGUGACCUUAUGAGGCUCUCGCUGUAUUGCUAUUUUGGUUAUUUUAAGGACUGUAGAGAGUUUGAUUUGAAAUUAUGCAGGGCCCCAUGUGGGAUUUUUUUUUUUUUUUUUUUU